GUAGCUGCCAGCACAGCUGUUGACAGUAUUGUUUAAAGAGCGUUCAGAAAGACAUGCUUGGCUCUACAACUCAAAUGUGACGAGAUUACAAGUGGAAAUAUCACCAAAACUGCAUGUUUUAGCAGCGUAACUGGAAGGAUACCACAACGUUGGCUGGUCUGCCAGCUGUUUGACGACUUUGAGCCAGGCUGAAAACACUCAAAUGGAUCAACAUUAAAGUUUGCCCCACCCUCUGCAGCUCCAGCAAGAUGCAACCAGUCUGAUUUUGAGAGGCAGUCGUCAUGGUGAGAGCUGAGCCGAGCAGACAGCCCCGCAGAGGAGCCUCGCUUUUUGAUCAGUAGCCACGGCACGCCUAAGGGCCAGGCGGAAGGACCUGAAAAACCAGCUGCCUGAGAUUAUUACUCUCGGCUCUGGAGCAACAAGAGCACCUGGGAUUUAUUUCCUCACACACUCCUCUGCUCCCUCGUGCCUCCCUCCUCAGACCUGCCGUGACCGUCAGCCCUCCACCGGUGGACUAUGCCCCCCUCAGUCAGCUGAGGGAGGGGGCUCUGCGCUGCUCAGGCUCCCAUCUGGAGAAGGCUUGGGCUGAAAUCAAAGAGGAGACGGUUCGGUUAUUGCUGAAGAUGCAAUCUACAACUGCCUCACCUGUGACCAACACGACAGUACCUUCAAACACAACCGCCGUCACAAAGACAAAAGAACAAAUACUCAUCCAGAGUUCUGGGGCAAUGAUCGCUGUCAUCGUCAUAGGUCUCAUCAUCAUUCUCGCCAUUCUCCUCAUCAUCCUGAAGACGUACAACAGGCGGACACAUGCAGCCAGAGUCCUGGGAGCCAGCGGAGGCUCCAAACCUCGGCCGAAGAUGUCCCAAUCCACGGUCCAGAGCAGCAUGCCGCUGAGCACCAUGGGAGUCAACUCCGUGUCGGGCAGCAUCUCCAAUUCAAACCCGGCCUCGGAGAACAGCUUCCAGCUGCCCAGAGCGGAGCUCACCAGCUCGGAGGCAAACCUCAUAGAGCAGUCCAGCACCACCAGCGACUCCACAGCCAUCACCAUACACUCUGCUCCAUCAGUAGAAAACACAUAGCGACAAGACUGUGGUGUAGUCUCACAACAACAGGCACUGACUGAUGUGUCGUCUUCAUGCGCAACCACACACUGCGUGCUGACUGAAUCCUGUGGAAACUCAAUCUGUGACGUCAGUGUCGUCGAUGUCCACCAGCUGAGCCACUGCUGGUGACCACGACCGUCACAGGACGUCCUCCUUUGGUGUGCAAAAAUAUACAUGAACAAAAUGGUAAAGCAGACACAAUGGAUCGCAUGAAGGAUGUUUCACGACAGGAGACUUUUCAGGAGAAGAACUGAUUCUUGGCUACAGUCAGUGUUCAGAGUAUAGAUGCCACAAGGUUCUUACUGUUUGUACUUUUUGCAGAUCACUAAUACAAUGAAGAAAGUGUGUAGUAAAGACUGUAACGGUUUGACAAUGUUGCUCUACGUGUGUACAUUUCUGUAUGUAAGAGGACCACAUAGGGUCAGGAGUAAAUGUAGGAUUAGUAUGAACGUCCACGAAGACAAAGACAGUAUAAGAGAAGCUAACAGACAGAAAAUGUGUAGAUAUUGCAGAUUUAUUUUAAUACAGCAACAAUAUAACUUACUAAAUAUGCUUAAUAUAACAUUAUACUGUCUUUGUCUUCUGAUCACACAUUAAUUUUUAAGUAUGAAAUGUAUUUUUUUUCUACCUUGUAUAACGAAGAGACCACAGAGAUAUUCUGUGACGCGUCUGUGUGUCAGUGUAACACACUGAUGUGAAUCCUUUCUAGUGUGACGCCAAAGGAUUUUGCACUUUAUUUUUGUCGCUCCCG